AUGAUGGACCAACCAACUCAUAUCAUAGAUCCAGACGGUGAAGUGAUCAUAAUAUUGCGUGAUGCAAACUCUCCUUUUGCACAAGCGCCUGGAGAUACGGUAGCUGGCAUGACCGUUUCAUAUUCCGAUCAUUCUCUCCAGAGUCCUGCAGAAGCGAUCAAACCCCCACCAACCUAUUCAGGGAAGCAAAAGAAGAAGAAGAAAUCUAGAAAAGGAUUGAGAGCCAUUCGGUCCUCUUCUGAGCCAGUAUCAUCUCCUGCAUCACCACCGAUCGAAGAACCUGCUGCUGAAGACCCUGCUGCCGAAGACCCUGUUGCCGAAGAACCUGCUGCCGAAGAACCUGCUGCCGAAGACCCUGUUGCCGAAGAACCUGCUGCUGAAGAAACUGCUGCCGAAGACCCUGCUGCCGAAGACCCUGCUGCCGAAGAACCUGCUGAAGAGCAAGUCUAUGAACCGCUUGUCAAGAUUCAAGUCUCUGCGAAGCAUUUAAUAUUUGCGUCCUCAGUAUUCAAAAGGAUCCUCACUGGGGGUUGGAAGGAAAGCACUAUUUAUCUGCAAAAAGGCUCAGUGGAGAUUACUGCAGAGAGCUGGGACAUCGGAGCACUCUUGAUUCUACUUCAUGCUAUUCAUGGUAAAUACCGCCGAAUACCGCGAAAGCUAACCCUUGAAAUGCUCGCCAAAGUUGCUGUCAUAGCGGAUUACUAUGAAUGCAAGGAAUCUGUCUAUAGCAUGACGGACAUAUGGAUCAAUAAUCUGGAGGAAAAGAUUCCUAUGACAUAUUCUCGGAAUUUGAUUUUGUGGUUAUGGGUUUCCUGGUUUUUCCAGCUCUCCUCCCAGUUCAAAGAGACAACAUCGGCUGUCAUGUCAUUGAGUAAAACUUAUGUUCAUGGUUGGGGGCUUCCGAUCUCUCAUGAGGUCAUCGGAUUAAUGAACAAACGGAGACAUGAGGCCAUCAAUCACUCAGUUUUCCGACUUCAUGAAAUACGCGAUGCCCUCCUGAGUGGCAGUCGGGGCUGUGAUAUGGCGCAGGUCAAGCAAGACCCGGAUCGCCCGUACUUCAAACAAGACCCCGACAGCAAGGAUAUUGCCCUGAGAGACAUUGAUGAAGAAGACCUCUAUGAAGAUGCUGGGGAUUUAGACUUUUCACAAGCAGGUCAGAAUGUGUGGCUCUCCCGUCUGCCUCGGUCGCUGUGGGAGCACUGGGCCCAUCUGGACGAUGACGAGGAGAUUGAGCUUGGCACUAUGAGAGUGGAGGGGACACCGAAUGACAUCAAAAGAGUCAGCUUGCGCCUACAUGAUCGCCCAGAUAAUCGGGAGAUUCCCAAGGACUACACACUCCAGCGUCAAACGGUCGACCCAUCAGGCACUGGAUCACACCUCACCCACAAUACGUACGUAUUCACCGAGAAGGACAUCCCCGGUGUUGAGAACCGCAUGGCUACAUUCGGCGAAACGCGCUCGGUUCUAUACGAAGCCCAAAAACGUGAAGCGAAGCGGCGGGAACAGGGCAAAAGAUGGGAGCCUUAUGUGCGAAAGACGAUACCAAAACACACUGCCCUCGCCGGCGCGGUCAGUGAAGAAUUCAAUUGCCUUCCUGUGGAGAAUGAAGAAUUCCGACGGAUAUCCGAGAAGCGAGCGCUGGAAGCUCUGAAACCUCGCAAGGAAACUGUCUUCAUUGAUAAGAUUCCCGGGAAGAUCAUCCAGGCGCGCCAUGCUCUUCCCACCGAAAGGGGUCAAUUUGUGCAAGCCACACGACCUUCCAAAGGGAAAUCCCAAGAGAACAAGUCCACCCGCAUGCCACAAAACGAGCUUCUGGAUCUUAUCUUCCAAUGCUUCCGCGAAUUCAAAUACUGGCCCUUUAAGACACUCAAAGCCCGAUUGGCACAGCCGGAGGCAUAUCUCAAGCAGACUUUGGAGAUGGUUGCACACCUUGUCAAGGCUGGUGAUUUCGCUAUGACCUGGGAACUGAAGCCCGAGGCAACCCACAGUCAGUACUCUAAUGCGAUGGACAAUGCUAAAGCAGAGUUGCCACCAGGAGCCGAUGAUCCUUACGAGUCAGAGGACGAUCCAGCUUCUGGAAUAGAUCAGGACGAUGUUCAAUUUGAAAACGUUUAA